UAUUUUUUUUUUCUCCUAGCAGAAGGACCUCACUCUAAAGGAGCUAGCAAUGUUGAGUCAGAUAGCACCAAAGGACAACCUCAACUGGAGUCUCCUGCUUUUGCUUCUGUUUCUUCAUUUUUGCCUGGGCCAAGAAGAAAACAUGGAGGUGAGCAGAAGAGCUAAUAGUCCAGUGGCCAAAGUUUUGGAGAGCCACCACCAGGCCGGUCAUAAAGGUUCCAGCAGCAGGGAAAACUUGAGACAGCGGAGCCAACUGUAUAAGUGGACUUUUGAGGCAGUUGAUGGUAAUAGUCCUUCUACUGAACAAAAUGCCUUGAAACCAGACGUAGAUGAUGUAGCACAGACUACCUCAGACAGAGUCCAGACAACACAGAGUGGACCUCAAAGCCCACCGGAAUGCGGUUGCCGGGGAGAUUUUGGAUUUCGAGGCUAUCAAGGCCCACCUGGACUUCCAGGACCUGCCGGAAUCCCAGGAAACCAUGGGAACAAUGGGAAUAAUGGAUUACCUGGCACAGAAGGAUCGAAAGGUGACAAAGGAGACAAGGGGGAUUUGGGACCCAGAGGCGAGCGAGGCCCUCAAGGACAUAAAGGAGAAAAAGGUUAUCCUGGCAUCCCAACAGAGCUUCAGGUUGCAUUUAUGGCUUCAAUGGCCACCCACUUUAGUAAUCAGAACAGCGGAAUAAUCUUCAGUAGUGUGGAAACCAACGUUGGCAAUUUCUUUGAUGUAAUGACUGGACGAUUUGGAGCGCCAGUGAAUGGGGUGUAUUUCUUCUCCUUCAAUAUGAUGAAGCAUGAAGAUGUCGAAGAAGUCUAUGUGUACUUGAUGCAUAAUGGCAACACGGUCUUCAGCUUAUUCAGCUACGAAUCCAAAGGAAAAUCAGACUCGUCAAGCAACAGUGCAGUGCUUAAACUUGCCAAAGGAGACGAAGUGUGGCUGCGGAUGGGCAAUGGGGCCCUGCAUGGAGACCACCAGCGCUUUUCCACUUUUGCUGGCUUCCUUCUUUUCGAAACCAAGUAGAUCUACUCACUGGAAAUGCAGUACAACGUCGCUCCUCAGUUUCCCUGCUCUUUGGAUCCUCCUGGGAAUGCACAGGUAGCCCUCGACUUACAACCGUUCGAAGUUAUGACAUCAGUGAAAAAAGUGACUUAUGACCGUUUUUCACACUUACGAUGCUCGAAGCAUCUUCAUGUGAUAAUUUGAAUAGCUGGCAAUUGACUCAUAUUUAUGUCAGCUAAUGUCCCGGGAUCAUGUGAUCAUCUUUUGCGACCCUCUGACCGGCAAAGUCAAUGGGGAAGCCAGAUUCACUUAACAACGGUGUCAAGAAAGGUCAUAAAAUGGGGCAAAACCGGUGGUGGGAUUCAGCCAGUUCGCACCUAUUUGGGAGAACUGGUUGUUAACUUUCUAAGCAGUUCAGAGAACCGGUUGUUGGAAGAAAUCUUAUUUUGUUUUUUUUUCCCACUUGACAGGGCUAAUCCUGUAAGGAAGGCAGGAAGGAAACAUUCUGGUGUUUUUUCUAGCCCAAUCUUUAUUGCCUUGCUUACAGAAACUACCUCUCUGGUUAACCCUUAUUACAUUGUAACAGCUAAAGCGAAACAUCAUUGACAUGAGUGACGUUGAGUAGGCUACACCUACAUGGUCACAUGACCACCAAGCCACACCUACCCAGCUGAUCAUUAGGGCAGAGAACUGGUUGUUAAAUUAUUUGAAUCCCACCACUGGGCAAAACUUAAUAGAUGUCUCACUUAGCAACUGAAAUUUGGGGCUCAAUUGUGGUCGUAAAUCGAGGACUACCUGUACUAAAAUCCCAGGCUCUGUUUUGACACCAGUAUGUUGUUAACUAUGAAACGUGGUAAGAAGUUAGGCCUGAAUUUAUAUUAUGCCCUUUUAAUGACAUUGUGCAUCUCACUACACAUUCUUGCCUUCUUGCUAAUAGAUACUGAAUAGUUACCAAACGCCUACUCCUGGUAAUUUUAUAGAAUGAUGAUUGAAAAGCCUCUGCCGAUCAGGCAACUCAGCUGGGAUCGUCAGAGACUUUUCAAAGCAUUUUUUACCACCUCUUUGGCCAAGAGGUUGCAGAAAAAAAUGCUUUGAAUAGCCUCUGACGAUCCCAGCUGAGUCGCGCGAUCAUCAGAGGCUUUUUUUUUUAACCUUUAAAAGCAUUUUUUCGUUGGAAGAGGUUGUAGAUGAUUGUGCGGCUCAGCUGGGCAUGGUGGGGGGGGGGGGCACAGGGAUUUUUGCUACCUGUUCUCCGAACCACCUGCCGCCAUCGCUACCGGAUUGGGCGAUCCAGUCCGAACUGGGAGCAUUUCACCCCUGAUAUCUAUAUACUAGCUGCAUUUUUUCAGACAGUUUUAUGAAAAAAGCAAAAGCUUUCCCAAUUAAUCCAGUGAAUCUUGAUUAUUGUUAGCAAACAGCACUUAAAAUACCAAACAAACAACUGUGAGAUUUUUAACUUUUGAUUAAAAGUUUAAAUAAUGCAUUUAAAUUUUUGAACAUGUUUAAACUAGGUAAAAUUGAAUUGGUUGGCUUCAAACAGGCACAACAAUCUCAAAAUGUACAUGUUUGUGUGUGUAUCCUGUGGCAAAUGAUGUGUACAUUUUGCCUUGGCUGAAGAUUUGCAGUGGAUUUGCUAAUUUUCACUUCUGCAUUUUUGAAAAAUAAAUAUAUCAAUUUUAGGGCUGAUUUUUAUUUUCACCCUGUGUGAAAGUAUAUUUAGGAAACAAGCUGACUUGGAUUUUGGUAAAUUACCUAUUGGCAGAGUAACAAAGUAUAGUCUUUUUGAAGCUGGUAGACUAUAUAUUACUGCAAGACUUUGUCUUUUAAAAACAUUAAAUACACAUUGGUACAUUGAAUACUUUAGACUUAGCAGGAGUUGCAAUCCGUAGUAGAUGUCAUUAAAAAAAAAUGAAGCCUUGUUUGGAAUGCACCAAAGAAGUAUGUAAACUUUUAAAAGUAUAUUAGCAAGAUGAUGGCAUGCUUUCAAAAUGUAGUUUUACUCUCAUCGUCAUUUACUAAUAAUAUAUUCUGACCCCUGUUCUUACUAUGAAUGCCUUUUGCCUUUUGUUAUUAGAAAUGUGUUUCAAGCAUCUGGUUAUUUUGUACAGAAGACUUACUAAUUAAAGACCAUUUUGAAUAAGUAUUUUGCGCACAAAAAGAAAAAUACACUGAAGUUCUGUA